AUGACUACAAUCAAAGAAAUGCUUGAAAUUGUUGAAAAAGAUAUAGAGAAAGGAAGUAGUACAAUUGAUUUAAUGAAAGGCAUUAUAGGUAUUUUAAAGAAAUUGUACAAAAAGAUAGAACAAACUGAUGAAGAGAUUAAAACUGUACAAUUAAAGAAAAUUACUAAAAAUACUCCUGACAUAAGUGAAGAUGAAACAACAAAAAUUAAUGACAAUAUUACACCAAUGAUUGCAUGUGCAACAAUUAUUCCUCCAUGUCAUUCAGAAAGUGAACCAUCAUUAAAUCCUGUUAAUAUUCAACUAACAUCAAUAAAUUCUUCAAUACAAUUAUCAAAAUAUAUUAGCAGUAGUAAAGAAUUAAAUUCUAUAGAAAAAUAUAAAAAAGUAUUAAAAAGUUGGACUAAUCAACGAGCGUUUAAAGUUCUUUAUAAUUCAAACUUUGAAGGAUUAAGUUGUGAAGAUUUAAAUAAGAAAAUUGUUGGAAAAAAAGAUGUUAUGGUAUUUGUAUUUGAUAAUGAAAAGAAUAUUUUUGGUGGAUUUACAAGAAGUUAUAUUCCAAUUUGUAAAAGAAAUGAUUUUGAAUAUACACAAGGAACAGAAGAAUUUUUUGUAUUUUCAUUAUAUAAUAAUAAAGGAUUUAAUCCAAUCAAAAUAGAAAGAAAAUUAGGAGAUUUAGGAUUUAGGAUAAGUAAUGACAAUGACAAUGUCUUUGGUAUAGCUAACUGUUUCUCAAUAAUUACUAAUGACAGAUCAUAUAUCAUACCUUCAUUUAAUAAAUAUUAUAAUGAUACUACCCAAAUUGGUGCAGAAUUAUUGACUGGAAAUUGUUAUCCUAAGAGAUUUAAAGUUAAGUGUUUAAUAGCAGUUCAAUGGUCUUAA